CGAGCCCAGCACAUUGUACCCUGUACCAUAUCUCAGCUGCUUUCUGCCACUCUGGUUGAUGAAGUGUUCAGAAUUGGGAAUGUUGAGAUUUCACAGGUCACUAUUGUGGGGAUAAUCAGACAUACAGAGAAGGCUCCAACCAACAUUGUUUACAAAAUAGAUGACAUGACAACUGCACCCAUGGAUGUUCGCCAGUGGGUUGACACAGAUGACGCCAGUGGUGAAAACACUGUGGUUCCUCCAGAAACAUAUGUGAAAGUGGCAGGUCACCUGAGAUCCUUUCAGAACAAAAAGAGCCUGGUGGCCUUUAAGAUCAUGCCCCUGGAGGAUAUGAAUGAGUUCACCACACAUAUGCUGGAAGUAGUCAAUGCACACAUGGUACUGAACAAGUCUAACAGCCAGCCCUCAGCAGGAAGAGCACCUGUCAACAACCUAGGAAUGAGCGAAGCAGGGAGCUUCAGUGGCAAUAGCUUCAUACCUGCAAAUGGCCUCACUGUAGCCCAGAACCAGGUACUGAAUUUGAUUAAGGCUUGCCCAAGACCUGAAGGAUUAAACUUUCAGGAUCUCAGGAACCAGCUCAAACACAUGACGGUCCCCUCCAUCAAGCAAGCUGUGGAUUUUCUGAGCAACGAGGGGCACAUCUAUUCUACUGUGGAUGAUGAUCAUUUUAAAUCCACAGAUGCAGAAUAACUGGAUCUAAUUGGGUACCUGAGAUAUUUUUCAUCUGGACCUGGCUUCACAAUCUUGAUGUCCCCAGCUGUGCAGAUGUUUGGCCAGGUGACUUCUAGGAAGUAGAUUUCAUCUAUGAAACGUCUCAACUGACGUCCUUUUGACAUUUACUGCUCUUCUGCGUUUGUUUUUGGGGUUUUUUUGAAGUUCAAAGGGUGAUAAACAAUUCACAGGGAUGUAAGCAGGGCAGAAUUUCUUGGAGAAGUUACAAAUAAGCUAGUUACAACAUCAGGAUGGAUGGGAUUGGAAGAGAGAUGCUACCAAGAGAGUGUGCUUGGAGCUUCUAUUCCUGAAAUGUUUCCUGCGGCGAGAUGAGCAAGGCCCGUGCCUGUGGGCAGAGUGCUUGCCAAGAACCGCUGGCCUCUGCCCAUGCCAUUCCCACUUGGUCAUGUGGCAUUUACUUUAGAAUUGCACUUUCCUUCACCUGUUUGUCAUGACUGCUGCUUGUCAUGACAGCGUGUUUAUAUGAACGUGAGGUUCUGGAUGGUGGCCUCCGGGGGCAGAGGAAAGGAGGAGGUGUUACUUGAUUUUGUACAAAGUAAGUAUGUUCAUGUUUAAUAAAACAAUUCCAUAGUAGCAACUUGU